UUUCCCCUCCCCGGGCCACCCAACCCGCCCAACUCCCAGCGAAGAGCAAGGUUGCCUUCUAUUUCAUAGCCAACUGGAACAAUGUUCUACGCACACUUUGUCCUCAGUAAAAGAGGGCCGCUGGCCAAAAUUUGGCUAGUGGCCCAUUGGGAUAAGAAGCUAACCAAAGCCCAUGUGUUUGAGUGUAAUUUGGAAAGCAGUGUGGAGAGUAUCAUCUCACCAAAGGUGAAGAUGGCGUUACGAACGUCAGGACAUCUCUUACUGGGAGUUGUUCGAAUCUAUCACAGGAAAGCCAAAUACCUUCUUGCUGACUGUAAUGAAGCAUUUAUUAAGAUAAAGAUGGCUUUUCGGCCAGGUGUUGUUGACCUGCCUGAGGAAAAUCGGGAAGCAGCCUAUAAUGCCAUUACUUUGCCUGAAGAAUUUCAUGACUUUGAUCAGCCACUGCCUGACUUAGAUGACAUUGAUGUGGCGCAACAAUUCAGCCUGAAUCAGAGCAGGGUGGAAGAGAUAACCAUGAGAGAAGAAGUUGGAAAUAUCAGCAUUGUCAAAGAAACAAAAGCCAAGAGGAAGAGGAAGCUAAUUGUUGACAGUGUCAAAGAGCUGGAUAGCAAGACAAUUAGAGCCCAACUUAGUGAUUAUUCUGAUAUUGUUACUACUUUGGAUUUGGCACCACCUACCAAGAAAUUGAUGAUGUGGAAAGAGACAGGAGGAGUGGAAAAACUUUUCUCUUUACCUGCUCAGCCUUUAUGGAAUAACAGACUACUGAAGCUCUUUACCCGCUGUCUUACACCACUUGUACCAGAAGACCUUAGGAAAAGGAGGAAAGGAGGAGAGGCAGAUAAUUUGGAUGAGUUUCUCAAAGAAUUUGAAAAUCCAGAGGUUCCUAGAGAGGACCAGCAGCAACAGCAUCAACAGCGUGAUGUUAUUGACGAGCCCAUUUUGGAAGAGCCAAGCCGCCUCCAGGAAUCAACAAUGGAGACCAGCAGAACGAACUUGGAUGAGUCAGCCAUGCCCCCACCACCACCUCAGGGAGUUAAGCGAAAAGCUGGCCAAAUUGACCCAGAGCCUGUGAUUCCUCCUCAGCAGGUAGAACAGAUGGAAAUACCACCUGUAGAGCUUCCCCCAGAAGAACCUCCAAAUAUCUGUCAGCUAAUACCAGAGUUAGAACUUCUGCCAGAAAAAGAGAAGGAGAAAGAAAAGGAAAAAGAAGAUGAUGAGGAGGAAGAGGAUGAAGAUGCCUCAGGGGGUGAUCAGGACCAAGAAGAAAGAAGAUGGAACAAAAGGACUCAGCAGAUGCUUCAUGGCCUUCAGCGAGCUCUUGCUAAAACUGGAGCUGAAUCUAUCAGUUUGCUUGAGUUAUGUCGAAACACAAACAGAAAGCAAGCUGCAGCAAAGUUCUACAGCUUCUUGGUUCUUAAAAAGCAGCAAGCUAUUGAGCUAACACAGGAAGAACCAUACAGCGACAUCAUCGCCACACCUGGACCAAGGUUCCAUAUUAUAUGAGGAGCUAGAAGCAUUAUAGCUAGUGUUCAUUUCACUAGUGCGUACAACUUGCCCCCGUGUGUAGGGCACACAGAACCUUUCAAGAAAAUUUAGAUGUUCGUCUGUACAAAGUCUUUGCCUUUUUCUUUCCUCAUUUUUCCCAGCAUUUUUAAUGUAUCGAUUUCAUCUUUAAGGGAAACUGAUUAUAUGCGUUGUGUUCUGAUGGAGAAAACAGCACCCCAAGGACUCAGAAGACUUAUUUUAACAGUUCAGAACAGAUGUGUGCAAUAUUGGUGCAUGUAAUCAUGUUGAGUAGCAGUCAAAAGUCAUGGUUUUUAUCUUGUUCUCUGUUACUACAUUGAAAAGAACCCGUCUGGGAAAAAAGCCUGACAGUUUAAGAGCUAUGGGCUGAGUUUUUGACAGGGGAAAACACAAUGUCUUUCCAUCAGUAACAACAGCAAAUAUUUUUAUUAACCACUGUAUUUAGGGAUGGUACCUGAAACAUCAGAGGUAAUCCUCUUAAUUGUGUUUUAAGCUGUAAUUCCAUAAUGAGCAAGGGUGUACGUGAAAUUGUGUUGUGGCUGGCCCCCUUCAACUAUAAAAAGAUAGGACUGACUUGGUGUAAAGUGGUCUAUUUUGUAAAUCAUUCCAUUUGAGUCUUUCUGAUGAACUUUGCUAUCCUGAAAUCUGUUAUUUUAGUGAGGCUCCAAAAUGAGCAGGAAUAGGCUUAAUUAGAGUAGAAUGACUAUUAAAAAACAUUUAUACCUUUCCAAGAGCUACAAAUCAGAGUUCUAAAAGAAGUUUGGAUGUAUUUGAGUAUUCAGAUCAUGAAAAUAAAAAUCACCUUGCCUACUAAAAGGACAGAGUGAUGGGAAAUUAUACACCUGGUUGACUUAACCUUUAAGCAGACAAUGCUGUAAAAACUAAUGGCUUCUCUGAUAUUUAUUAUAAAUUCUAAUACUGAUCUCUUUCCAAUGCUGCACACUCCUGCGUGUUUGGAACUUUAUUUUAAUAGCUUUGCAACUGAAAUCCUGUAUCCAGUUUCCUGUAAUUUAGUUGAAGAAAAAUACAGCUCCAAAUAAGGGUUUUAUUAUUAACAGACCAGAUAGUACCAGAAAUUAUGUGACAAUUAUGAUUGUCAAAACAUGUCUUAACUUUUUAGGACAAAAUUAACAAUGAAAGUUCUAGCUUAAGUGUUGGCACUUUUGUGGGAAAAAUCAUUUUUAAAACUCAGAAAUCAGUGUAUACCCAGUAAUUUUAAAUUAUGUGAAAUGUUUUAAAUUUGUGAACUCGUAAUUACUGUUUUAAUGAUUCAGUUUCUUGAGAGUAAUAAUUGUAUAAAAUGCUGUUGCAUCUUGAUUUUCAAUAUGACGUGCCUGUAAACCAUGGAUCUCCUCCCUUUGUACAAAGACAUUGUAGAUAAUUGAAUGUUUGAUUAUAGAAAGGUCAUUAGUUUCUUGUUACACAUUUUGUUAGUCUGGUUUUUGUUGCUUAUCGGGUUUAAUAUUCUUGAAAAUAGUUGAUGCUAUGUUAUGUAUAACUUUUCUAAUAAAAGUUGUGUUAUAAGCUGUAAAAAAAAAA